GUUCUCGAAAACUAUGGCGUGGGCUCCCGGUGGUUCCGCUGUGGAAGAAUUAAUGCCCCGGCUCUUGCCCGUGGAGCCCUGCGACUUGACGGACAGUUUCGAUCCUUCGGUACCUCCAAGGACGCCUCAGGAAUACUUGAGGCGGGUCCAGAUCGAAGCAGCGCAGUGCCCAGACGUUGUUGUAGCUCAGAUAGAUCCGAAGAAGUUGAAAAAGAAGCCAAGUGUGAAUAUUCCCCUUUCUGGAUGCCAGCCUGCUCCUGAAGGAUACUCCCCUACACUUCAAUGGCAGCAGUUACAAGUGGCACAGUUUUCAAUUGUUCGACAGAGUGUGAAUAGACACAGAAGUCACUGGAAAUCACAACAAUUGGAUAGUAAUGUGACCAUGCCAAAAUCUGAAGAUGAAGAAGGCUGGAAAAAAUUUUGUUUAGGAGAAAGGUUAUUUGUUAAAGGGGCUGUUGAGCCAGUUACAAAUGAAAGUCCUGGAAUCGACUAUGUACAAAUUGGUUUUCCUCCAUUGCUUAGUAUUGUUAGCAGGAUGAAUCAGGCAACAGUAACUAGUGUUUUGGAAUAUCUGAGUAAUUGGUUUGGAGAAAGAGAAUUUACUCCAGAAUUGGGAAGGUGGUUUUAUGCUCUAUUGGCUUGUCUCGAAAAACCUUUAUUGCCUGAGGCUCAUUCACUAAUAAGGCAGCUUGCAAGAAGGUGCUCCGAAGUCAGACUCUUGGUGGACAGCAAAGAUGAUGAAAGGGUCCCUGCUUUAAAUUUACUGAUCUGCUUAGUUAGCAGAUAUUUUGAUCAACGUGAUUUAGCUGAUGAGCCUUCUUGAUGUAGCUGAUCUUGGAGACAAAAGACAGUUGUAUUGAAAGCAGUUUAAGGGAGCAGUGCAGUGCGAAUUGAGCACAAAUUGCCUUACAUCAUCAAUACUACAACGUGAAGGUUACUCAUCUCUGCCUGUGCGACUCAAGAAAAUAUCCAGAAGACGGACUGACUUAUUGACUUGAAUAUUUGAAGUCUUUGCUGAAUUCCAGUUUUCGAUGAAUAGUUUAAAAAGAUAUUUUGUUAUUAAGUAUGUAAUUAAACAUGAAUUUAAAACAAA